AUGAGGUGCGAGAAUGAUUUCAGGAAAGAUGGGGAGAUAGGGUGGGGUGAAAAGAAAGAGAUAAGCAUCGCUUCUUCUAGGUUCGAUCGAAGGGUUCAUUGGAGUUAUUCAACCAAUAAUACUAGUGUAAGGGCUGCAGUAACUACCAUAAAGAUCCAUAAGCUUAUUCUUGGGACAUUUUCAAAUGUGUAUAUUGCAAAUGCCCUCAUGCGAAGUCUUAAAACAAGAAAGUGGAAGAAAAUUGAGGGCAUGUAUCCUAACAUCAAUAGAGCUGCUCAGGCACCUCCACUUGUUGCGGUUGUUGAUAACCAACUUUAUGCAGUUGAAUAUUUAACAAACAUGAUAAACAAGUAUGACAGAGAGAAGAACUCAUGGGAUGCACUAGGAAGACUUCCUGUCAGGGCCGACUCCUCAAAUGGUUGGGGUCUCGCUUUUAAGGCCUGCGGUGAGGCACUUCUUGUUGUGGGUGGUCAAAUGGCCCCCGAAGGCGAAGCUAUCGUGUUGAAUUCUUGGUAUCCAAAAUCAGGGGUCAAGAAUCGCACAUUGGACUGGAAGGUCCUUGGAGUGAAGGAGCAUGCCGGUGUCUUUGUUUACAAUUGUGCUGUCGUGGGUUGCUGAUGAGAACUAACAGUAUGCUGCAUUUUUUUCUGUUCUCAAGGUCAUUUUACUAAAUUUGAUUGAUUAUUGUUUGAAUCACCCUCGCUCAAGGGUUGAAAUAAAGGGCUAUUUUAGCUUUUGUAAGUUUUUUUUUUGAAACUGGCUUGAUGUUACAAAAACAAUUUGAAGCCUUUUUUGUUGUCUUGAUGCUUUACCCGAUGGGGAAAAGAAGAAGAAUUGAAUUUUCCUAGGA